GAUGCACUUAAUUUUCCUCUGACCCACCCAGUCGAGUCGAGUGGGAGGAGAAUGAGGGAAGAGGCAUCCGAGCUUGGUCAUAUAGAGAAAAAUUUUAGAUUGUCUGUUCUGUUUUUAGUUUAACAAUCACGUCAGCAAUCGUGCUCCAAUUGUACCCUGUGCUGUCCUCAAUCUCUUUCUUCUGCCGAUACUCUCUUGGUUUUACCGUCCAUCUCCCUGCACCGCUCAGGACCAGGCAGCUCUAGGAGAGACCUUUUAUUUGAUGAAAAAUCACAGUCAGGAAAUCUGAAGAUGCAAAAAGGACCAAUUGAAACAGCUCCACCGUACCCGGGACCUCCAAUGAACUACGGUGGUGUACCUCCGCCAGAAAUGUACCCUCAGCCUGGCUUCUCACCUGCCGCACCUCCACCUGCUGGACUCCAGGGAGUCGCUCACGUGGUAGUGACACCUGCACUACAGGGCAUCCCGGGACAAGCGGUGUGUCCCCACUGCCAUCAGACUGUGACCACCAACACGGAGUACAAAACAGGCCUGAUGACCUGGGCCAUUUGCGGCGGUCUCACCAUCUUUGGGUGUUGUUUUUGCUGCUGUAUCCCGUUCUGCGUCGAUUCCUGCAAAGAUGUGGAGCACCGCUGCCCCUCCUGCCAGAAUCAUCGUGCUCAAAUUGUACCCUGUACUGUCCGCAAUAUCUUUCUUCUGCCGGUAAUCUCUUGGUUUUACCGUCCGUCUCCCUGCUCAGGACCAGGCAGCUCUAGGAAAGACCUUUUUGUUGAUGAAAGGUCACAGCCAGGACAUCUGAAGAUGGAAAAAGGAUACCCACCAAAUGAAUUGGCUCCGCCGUACCCUGGACCUCCUGUGAACUACGGUUAUGCAGUACCUCCGCCAGAAGUGUACCCUCAGCCUUGCUUCUCACCUGCCGCACCGUCUGGUGCAUAUCAAGCAGCUGCACCUACCAUAGUCGCUCACGUGGUAGUGACACCUUCGCUACAGGACGUCCCAGGACAAACGGUGUGUCCCCACUGCCAUCAGACUGGGAUCACCAACGCGGAGCACAAAACAGGCCUGAUGACCUGGGCCAUUUGCGGUGGCCUCGCCAUCUUUGGGUGUUUUCUUUGCUGCUGUAUCCCGUUCUGCAUUGAUUCCUGCAAAGAUGUGGAGCACCGCUGUUCCUCCUGCCACAAAGUUGUCUACUUAUAUAAGCGAUUAUGAGACUAUCCUGACUUAAGCCUGCCUACUUUGCCUGCUUUCACUUCUAGCAAAUUUCGCAAGCCGCCUCCUUUUCAUGCUGUAUCUGACCUAAUCAAUGUCACGUGUUGUCAUUGAUACCUGCCCUGAUCUGUGCUGGGGUCUUUAGCUGCUGCUACUCUCUUAGCCUCACAUUCCAUGAAAGCUCAUCGAAGGGUAGGGGGAUGUGCUCUCCCUACCUCGGGCUCUCUACAAAUUCAUGUGGAAGGGCAGUGAGGUCCCAGCACAGAGCCAUACUGCCAAAUAUAAUUGCGAAUAUUGAAAUCAAAUAAUUUUGACUAUAGUGGUCCUGACUGAAAAAACGUUAGAUUUUUGUUAUGGUUUUAUAGUUUUUAACUUUUGGCGUAACGCUGUGAAAAAUAAAAGGUCCUUUUUGCCAGACUAAACAUAACCAUCA